AUGGAGGGAGGGGGUGGCAUCCUGGGACCUGGCUUGCCCCUGCCCUCCUCCUUCACUGGACUGAUGCCCAGAGGCCUCACUGCCCGGGAGGAAUCCGAUCCCACGGGCAGGGCAGGGCCGGGGCUGCGGGAGCCAACCGCUGGGAGUGGCUGCAAGGCGCCCCCACUCCUGGGCGCACAGCCCUCUAAGGGGAGCCACAUUAGCCCGAGCCCCUCAGCAGCUCUGGGACACCCGGUCAGGGGCCCUGCGGCAGAGGGGCUCACUGGCAGCUCCUGGUGGGGCAGGCAGGCUCCCUUGAGCCCUGCGGGUCUGUCACCCUGGCAGGAGCAGCAAGACUGCAGGUCAGCCUGCCCCUCCCGGCACCACAGGAACCACACCAGGGACUUUGCACAAGCCGAGCCACACCUUCCACGAGGAAUUUUCUCCCACCUCGCACUCCGUAGGCACACCCUGCAGACCCCAGCUCUGGAGGCCCCAGGGGCCCCUAGUCUGCUGCCCUGUGCUGAGCAGGUGCUGGGCAAUCGUGGCUGGACCCUGGGACCCCUGUGCCCUGUCGCCUUCACACUGGCCAGGAGGCCCCGGGUUACUCCUGGCUGGACGUGCGCCCACAUGCUUGCUCUCCCGCGAUGGCUGACCCUGAGCGUCCUCAGCAAGGCCCUGUGGCCCCAGCCUUGGGCAGCUGAGUGGGGCAGAGUCCGCACAAAGGUUAUCUGGGUCCCGCAGGAGGCUGGCGCAGGCUGCCUUCAGGGCCUCCCCGUAUCUCCACCAGGAAUGCACCAAGACCCCAGCCCCUGCCCACCUCCAGGGGGAGGAAUGUGGCAGCGGCUCCUGGGAGCUAGGAGCCUGGGAGGGGGGUGGUGAGGAGGCCUUGGCCUUCUGGAAUUCCGCAGGCCUGGCACCAGAUCCCUGCCUGCUCUCCCUCCCCCACCGCAGAGCCAGCGCCUGGUCCUCCUCUUCUCUGGCUGCCGGGGCACUGGGAUGACCAGCAUGAAGGGACGGACCUUCCAGGCCUGCGCGACAACGUCUCCUCCUCGGAGAGGCCUUCCCUGACCACCCGACCCACAGCCCCUUCAGAUGGGCCAUCGCCCUUCAAAGCUCUGGACCGACGCAGUCAGCAUUCUGGGCGGAUGUCUCCCUGCGGGGCUGGCUUGGGCACUGAGGGGCGCCAACCAGCACCCCUGGUCUCCACCCUCUAGUGGCCAGUAGCGCCCUCUUCUCCCCUGUCAUGACAGCCAGUGCUGCCAUGUGUCCUGAGGGAACCCACCUGGAUUCGACCCACUACCCCAGACCUUCCCGAGAUGAGAUGCUGAUUGGCUUAUUGCCCUGGCCAGGAGCUCCCUGGGGUCAGGCAUCAGGGGUCCUGCACACCUUGGGGCCUGAUGCCCACCGGGGCCCAGGAUGGCCUCUGGCCCCACACAGCCACCUGCCCGAGGUCAUAGCAAAUGGGGGGCAAUGGCAUCUCCUGGCUGGGCCCUGCCGUACAUCCCGGGGCCUCAGAGUCCCAGAGCGCCUGCAGAGCUGGGCGCUGGGGGGCGGGGGAGGAGCUGGGGGCCAGGUUGCACCGACAAGCCCGGGCCAGGCCCACCCCCGGGGGCGGGAAUUUGGAUUCCAAUCGCUUUCCAGGCCAGACCAACCUCUGCCUCUGGGCAGGUUUCUGCAGCUGCCUGGUGCGUGGAGGCUGCCCGAGAGCAGGCCCUGUCACCACCCAGCACCCGAGGUCCCUCCCUAGUUCCUCCCAGGCUCCACGCUGGCGUCCCCGGGCACAGAGAGGAGACGGGGGUUUCCGAACGUGUCCACGACUGAAAUCCCACCGUGAACCCUCCGAGGGGCUCAGCACGGGGUGGGGGCGCCUCUCCUCCCACACAGGGCCCCUCCUGCACUGUGUCUCCCUCUCUACCCAGAGCCCAGGGCUGGGCUCAGACCCCGCCCUGCGCCCCGACUCCCCUGGGAGCCACUUCCUCUCCCUUGGCAUCAGUUUCCCGCCCUGUAAAGGGACUUGUAACUGGACUGCCCCACGUUGCCAUGGGGCCUCCGUGGGGCCUGGGCCAGGCCGGGCCAGUGGUCAGGACACUCCCGAGGGGGCAGCAACCCUCAGGCCCAGCUCCCAGGCAGGAAGAGCGAGCCCGCUGAGGAAGAACCCGCUGGCAACUCUGUGGUUCCCUGCAUGCGGCCGCGUGGCGGCAGGCGCUGGGGUGCCCGGUCCUGCGUGGGUCGGUGGCUCGCUGAUUCACACCUGCCGCCUGCUCCUCCACGGGCAGGAAGAGCGGGUCCAAGGGCGACUCCUGGACAGACAGGCCGGCAGACCAGCGAGAACAGAGCAGAGGGGAGGCGGGGAGGGCGGCCUUCCCCUGCUGGGGCCUGGACCUGGGUCUGGCCCCGGGUGCAGACAAGAUGCAGCCUUUGCUCAGGCCCCUGGCUGCCCUCCACCUGAUGGGCCCUCACCACAUCCAGGGGGACUGGGAACAGCUUCAACUUCCUGAUGCAGAAACAGAGGUGCAGACAGGAGGGGGCCUGGGCCGGGGGUCGGCCCUGGAAACCGGGCCUGUCCCGCCCCGAGGCCUGUACCUCCACGGACUGUGUGGCCCUGCCUGGACAUGGAGGGGCCUGGGUCGGAGGUCAGCCUGGGGACCGGCCCUAGCGUGUGCUGCUAGCGGGCCUGGCCCGGGGUGACGGGGCCCUGCUGCCUGUGCCCUACAGCUUCUGCCUUUGAACCUGAAGCUCCACCCGGUUCGGCUGAAUGUCCUGGCCUCUGGCCAGCGUGGUGAGCCCUCACUGUGUGCACUGGGACGGGACAGCUGGACGCUGUGUGCCUGGGGCGGAAGUGCCUCCUUUCCUGCCACUUGGCUCAGUCCUUGCCGCCAGGCCCCACGGGAGGGGUGGGGCCGGGAGACGGAAAGCUCUUGGGUGCGUCCAGCCCCACAGUCCUCUCUGCUGGGUGCCAGCUGGCCGUCCACCUGGACUUGGGGCACAGGCCAGGCCUGGAGUGCCUUCACCUGGAACCGGGGCCGGGGCCCACAAGAGCCUCCCGGGAGCCAGGUGGGGAAGGGGCCGCCCUGCCCGCCAGGGUGAGUGCGGAUGGAAAACCCUGCAGGUGAAACUCUACGGUUUGCGCUCCUUGUUGCGUGUCGGUUAUACCUCAGUGAAAAAAUCUAGUACAGGAAAACAAAUAAAAUUAAGUGACAAAAUAAAGUAAAAUAGAACAGGA